AUGUCAUUAUCAUCAGAGAAGUACAAUGAGAAUGAGGGAGAUGAAGAAGAAGAGGAUUUAGAAAAACAAAAUAAUGAUGAAAUUGUUCAACAACACAAUGACGAAGAAGAAGACGACAAUGAAGAACCGUUAGAUCCACGAAUACAGAUUGAACUCGAACGUGCCAAUGCUGCUAUGAGUGAAGUGAACAAUCUUGAAACACAAUUCGAUGAAGCUCAACAGCUAUUUCAAACAUUGUUCUCCAAUUGUAAGCAACGUUUGGCAGUAUUAUCCAAAAGACUCGGAAGUUGUGUUGAAAAAGCUCGACCAUACUAUGAUGCUUGUAAACAAGUUGAAGAGACACAACUUGAGACACAAAAAGCUGCACAAGAAUUUCAACGAUCGUUUAGCGUUUAUCAAGUAGCAAAGGAAACGUUGAGUUUAGCAGAAAGUAAAUUAUUAACAGAUGGUAAACAUGAAUUUGACGCUGCUUGGCAAGAAUAUGUUAAUCAUGCAACAAUGAAAGUAAUGCAAGCUGAACUUGAUAAAACACGAAGUGAGCGUUUACAUCAAGAACAAUCAAAACUUUAUCAAGAUGCUGAAGAACAACGAAUGAUGUUGUAUCGAACAUUACGACGAUCCAUAUCAAAAUCAAAGUAUAUAUUGAUGGCAUAA